AAAUAUAUAUUACAGGUGUAUAAAAGACUUAAAGAUAAAUGUAUACUUUGUCCUUCAAUUAAAUUAGGGAAACAAAUUUAAAUUAAAGGUUUUUAAGGGAAAACCAAACAUACAUGGACUUUGAACCCUCGCAAGCAACAGAUGAAAUUCAAAAGAGAUCUUUAGUUAAACCAGUAAAACUACUCACAACAACAAGUUCCAGUUCCUUCGUGGCAAAAUAUCUUUGUGAUAAAAUCUAGACUAAUUCAUUUGAGAAAACCAAAAUAGAAAUCGGUUUUUUUAUGACGUAAUGACGACGCCGUCCUUCUUAUCGCAUUAAUAUGUUUUAAGAUUAGUUCACAACUAUCGGCUAGGUGCAAAUUCCAAGCAAUCCAAUUGAGAUUCACACGAGAAAGGGCAUUGCUAGUUCCGAAAUCGACGAGGAAAGAUUGCUAGUCAUGGCCACCGUUGAGAAAGUGUCCACCACAUCCACGUCGUCAUCCUCCACCGUGGCGGAGCGUAAGGCCAAUCCCGUGAAAUCCUUCCUCACCGGAGGAUUUGGAGGCAUUUGCAAUGUGCUAUCCGGCCAUCCAUUGGACACCAUCAAGGUGCGCCUGCAGACGAUGCCAAGACCUGCACCUGGAGAACAGCCCAUGUACCGGGGAACCUUCGAUUGUGCCGCCAAGACCAUCAAGAACGAAGGAGUCCGCGGAUUGUACAAGGGCAUGUCCGCGCCCUUGACAGGAGUUGCGCCCAUCUUUGCCAUGUGUUUCGCCGGCUAUGCCCUGGGAAAGCGUCUUCAGCAGCGUGGAGAAGAUGCCAAACUCACCUAUUCCCAAAUCUUCGUGGCUGGAUCAUUCUCCGGUCUGUUCUCCACCUUGAUAAUGGCUCCCGGAGAGCGGAUCAAGGUGCUUUUGCAGACGCAGCAAGGUCAAGGUGGCCAGCGCAAGUACAACGGAAUGAUUGACUGCGCCGGAAAACUCUACAAAGAGGGAGGACUUCGCAGCGUUUUCAAGGGCAGCUGCGCCACAAUGCUCAGGGAUUUGCCCGCCAAUGGAUUGUACUUCCUGGUCUAUGAAGCCCUUCAGGAUGUGGCCAAGUCCAAGUCAGAGAAUGGACAAAUUAGUACUACCUCAACGAUUCUGGCUGGCGGUGCUGCGGGCAUGGCCUACUGGAUUCUGGGCAUGCCAGCCGAUGUACUCAAGAGUCGCCUUCAAUCGGCGCCCGAGGGAACCUACAAACAUGGCAUUCGCAGUGUCUUCAAGGAUCUGAUUGUUAAGGAUGGUCCCCUAGCUCUCUAUCGAGGCGUGACUCCCAUCAUGAUUCGCGCCUUUCCCGCAAAUGCUGCCUGUUUCUUUGGCAUCGAGCUGGCCAACAAAUUCUUCAAUGCUGUGGCGCCAAAUUUCUAAUUUGGAAAUUCUUUUCAAAAUUUAAAGUUGUUAGAGAAAGUUUUCUGUUAUUUGAAAACCCUGAAAGGAAAUAUAUCUAUUUUAGAUUGCAUACUAACUAUA